CAGUGGACUUGAGAUAAGCGAGCGAGCGAGCGAGCUUCCAAGGUGUGAGGACAGAGAACAUCUCGGCAUUGAUCUGGUCGAGGAUAUCGACGGGUCAGGCGAUCGGAUUAUUAUGGCCAUCACUGAUGAAUGAUUCAAAGUCUCAUGGGACCCAGGGCCAAUCAGCCAGCGAGAGGGAGCGCGAGCCAGCGCGUGCAGCAGGUAGUUCUCUUAGCAGGCAGACCACGCUUGGACAUGUUCUGACGGAUUCCAGGAGAUUCCAAACACAAGCAGACGACUAGAAUUUAAUUUUGGUUUUCAUUGUCGGUGAAAGUGUGGAUAGUUUGUUGAUGGUGUUCUAUACUUGAGGUUAUUUGUGUGGCGACUUUAUUGGUGAAUAUAGUUUAUAUAUCGGUGUUGGUGAUUUCUUUGAAUAGCACGAAAAGGUCACGUCUUGAGAAGUGAACACAGAAGACAUUGAUUUUUACAGAGCCGGAAUUUCACACUGACGCUUAAAAAGGAUUUAACCGAAGUGACAUGGAAUGCGUCACAGGAACAUAGAAACAUGUUGACAGACAGAGGUAGAGUCAGAGAGAGAGGAAUGUAGCUGUGGGGAUACGGUGCUUUCUCUUUCCAGGAUUUCUUAUUGUGAUAUUUGACGGAUGAAGCGGGGAUGUAGGCGGAAACACACAGACAAUAUAACAUGAGGAACGUGUUCGGGUUUCUUAUCUUCUGGUGCUGGAUCUUAAUACCACUCGCCAUUGGCCUCGUGUAUAUCGAGGACCAAUUACGGAACCUGGUGGUGGACGAGGGUGAGCGGGCGCGGUUCGUCUGCAAGACGGCCACCCACCCCCAGGACGAGCCCAAGCUGAAGCUCGACUGGCUACACGACGGCAAGGCGAUCGAGUUCCGCCAGUCGGACAAGUAUGUGUACAAGAAGGACAGGAGCAAACACAUCCUCAUCAUCCGCAACACCGACAUGGACGAUGCCGGCCUCUACACCUGCACGGCCACGGUCGACAUCGAUAUGGACAUGUCCAGCGCACAUCUCACGGUCAGGGGGGCUCCCGACCCUCCGGCCGAAGUGCAGGUUAUCAGCUGUCACGGCCACUCGGCCGAGCUGGUGUGGCAGCCGGGCAGGAGUAACGGGGAGAAGAUCUCGCGCUUCGUCGUCCAGUUCAACACGUCCGAGGACACCGAGGUGUGGCACGACUACUUCGAGGAGAUCCGCGGCGGCGAGCACACCGCCUUCAUCGACCUGCCGCCCUGGGGCACGUACGCCUUCCGAGUGCUGGCCAAGAACAAGGUGGGACUGAGCAAGCCGAGCGCUGUGACGAGGAAAAUGUGUACACCUCCGCCAGACAGACCGGAUGGCAACCCCAAGAACGUGAGGACGAGGACUGACGAGAAGGGGAAGCUGGUCGUGGAAUGGACUCCUAUGCACCGCCUGUACCACCACGGCCCCGGCUUCCGCUACCACGUGUACUGGCGGCCACGCAGCAGUACGUACUGGAACUCCGCCGUCGUCACCGACCCCAGGUCGUCGUUCUACGAGGUUGAGGUUGAUGACGUCUACCAACCGUACGAGGUUCUCGUGAAGGCCGAGAACGACCUCGGCGAGUCGCACCAACCAGCGUUCGUGUUCCUCGGGUAUUCGGGCGAAUCGGAGCCACGAGUGGUACCAAACGAUUUCCGGUUGGAUCCUUCUCACCCUGUGGAGCCUCACUCUGCACAUUUCAUCUGGGAGUCGAUCGACACGAUGGAUGACAAAAUCAACGGCAUGUUCAAGGGAUACAAGCUGAAAUACUGGAAGUCCAGCGAAGGGCGGUACAAGAUGAAAGAGGUUGACAUUGACAUGGUCAGUCAGCGUGGGGUUCAGGAUCCGGAUGUGCGUGUCUCGGUUUUGGAUCUCCCGGCAUACACAGCGCUGCGCGCACAGGUUGCCGUAAUGAACCAGCAUUACACAGGCCCCCCGAGUCAGACGAUCGAUUUCUUCACCCCAGAAGGAGUUCCUGGACCAAUCCGUAGAUUGCACACAGAAGCACACGGGCCAGAUCACGUGCUGCUACGGUGGCUCCCGCCAGAAGUGCCCAACGGUAUUCUAGUAGGAUAUAAUAUUGGAUAUCAAGAAGUGAUAAAUAAAACAGUAGGACCGCUGACCCCGAUCAGUCCCCAGAUAGACAGUCCGUCCACCCUGGGCGCUAGGAUCACUGGGCUCGACCCUGGGCGGCGGUACCGCUUUUACGUGUCGGCGAGAACCAAGGCCGGGCAGGGCAGCGCGGAAUUCAUCGACAUUACAACAGAAACAAAGAAAAGACUUACACGUAAGAAGACUUCCGGCAAAGGGAAGAAACUACAUGACACGUCAUCAGUUGAAUCUUCCACAGCGAAAACAAAACACAACAACAACAAUCUCGUGCUGUGUGCGUCACUGACUCUUCUUGUAUUACCACUCAUCUGCAGGUGACACGGAAUACACCUAGAUGGGGAGGAGUCCACGUGAAUUCUCACUGGCUGUAUAUAUGGCAAGUUCAUAACUGUUAGACGUACUGCUCAUCACCUGGUUACCUUGGUGUACACAAAUAAAACAAUUCGCAGGGUAAAUCUUAUUCCUGUAUAAAGUGAAGAAGAUAUUGAGUUCGUAUGUGAAAUGUCAAGUGUGUGCCAAGGAAACUAAAUGCAAACAUGGUGAAACCUGUAUGUAUGCAAUCAUGGACUAACAACAACAACGUCUCAACAUUGAUGACGUAAAGCUCAUAAUAUCAUGACGUAAUGUGAUAAACCAAUGGGAUUCAGUUCUGGAAAGAAGUUUACUUUGGUCCUGUUAUGCUCGCUCGUUCCACCGAUAUGAAAUUUGACAAAUGUUUUAAAGUUCUGCCACAUGAGUUGGCAGAAUUAACUGAUGUCAAUAAUAAUAAUAAUAUGUGCCCAAACUUAUUUAACUUAUUCUUCAUUCCAUGUUGUGAAAAUGUUCUGAGGAUCCUUUUGUGGAUAGUUUCCAGAUGUUUUAUUGUGAACUGUCAUUGCUGUGAAGAAUAUCCAUACAGUCUUUAUAAAUUAUAACUGAUAAAGGAUUUCUGUGAAACGUGUUCAGGUGUUCAUAAUACAUUAUGACACUAACCAAGGAUUUCCGUUCAGUGUCCAUAUGUGGAUAACAGUAACACAGCAAACUAUUGACUAAGGAUCACUGCAGUAGUUUCCAAAUAGUCUAAUGUAAAUAAUUCAUCGCAUGAUAGAGUUUCGUUCCAGGACAAUGUUGAUUGAAAAUUGACAAACAUUGCCAACAACUACAUCAAAAUAGUGAUAUCAUAUUAUAUCAUUCCAGUUGGGAUAAAGGCUGCUGAAUUAUAUUGUAAUUCGACAGACUGCAUGGAUUUAAGAUUUGAUGGAUAAUCUGUUCUAUUAAGAGGGGGUAUCAGAAUAAACAGACCUCGUGGAAUACAUACGUUCUUCCUGAAUACUUAUGGACAGUACACGUCGUUGACGUUUCUGUUAACAUGAUGGUACCUCACUUAUCAGUACUGCUUAUGUAUAUCAGUGAUAUUGCACAUGGCUAUACUAAAUGCAUCACUACCCGGCAAGUAUCAGUGGUAUUUCAUGUGACUGGAAUGUAUUAAUGUUCUGGAGUGUGAAGUGGAUUUGGAUUCUUAAACUACUUUUGAAAAUGGCCUAAAACGAUUACUGUGUUGAGCUGAGCUAUUGUUUGUCCACAUGUCCUGUGGCAGUGUGUUGGUAAUCCAGCUAUGCUGAAUCUGUCAGUAUAAUGGCAACCAAAUCAGAUGGUUCAAAUGUUAAAUACCAUUGCACGAGUUGUUCUAUAUCUGUGUGCAGUAAGAAGUUUGCCAAACCAUCUUGUCCUGUUGGGAAGUACAUCAACAUACAUCUCAGUUCCGCCUUGUAACAUCGGAUGCUGCUGCUAACAAUACAAAUAAUAUGAUGAUCCGAACAAAUAUUCGACUAAAACAUUUGCAAAAAUAGAUUGAAGCAUAAUAAAGUCAAUAACUGAUUCAGUUGAAACUUGUUCGCAGAGUGAAAUCGACAUAAAUCCCAUCAGUUUAUGAGAACUCGCCCUCACAGAUGCAUGGGUGUGAAACCCAUUUUAAAAUGGAAGCUGAAUUUUUUUUUUUUACAAACGUGAAGAAAAUUAUAUACCAUACUUAAACAAAAGGAAUAUUUCAGCCUUUCAAAUCAAAUCCAGUUUACUUUGUGAAAACGAUUUUUAAAAAACCAAAACAAAUACCAACCAACAAAAAAAGAAGAUUGAAAUCGGAUAAAAAGCCCAAAACAAAUGGCAUCUCUGUUUAUGUGUUCGCUACUCUUCUGCCGAGGUUUUCAUACAAGCUGUAAAACAGUUGCUUCAUGCUCUCAUACUAAUGACAAAGAAAUGAUAAAUGCUUAGCUAUUCAAAGCGGAAAUUUACCAGACUCAUUUGUAAUUAAUUUCUUUGUCAGAGGAAAUAAAAUAAUUGCUACUGUGGUGAUGCGUUAUAUCCUCUGACAAAGAUACUUCGUUACAUACUUCGCAUUUUUUUGAAAGUUCAGAUUUCAUUUUAACGAGAAUCUUAUGCAUACAACAUCAGUAUGCAUGACAUGUUGAAAAAUAGCUAUGUUUUUCUAGUCCUCUCAAAAACAUAUCGGUUAACAUAUUAAGACAGUCUUUUUGAUGACUUGUAUUUCUAUACUCAUGUCAAAAAUAUAUCGUUUAACAAACGGUACUAGUAUGAGGACGUUUUCAUGGUAACUAGUAUUUUUAUAGUCAUAACAAAAACAUAUCGGUUAACACAUGAGGACGUUUUCUUGAUGACUGGUAAUACUAUUUCCAUAUACUUACCUUUUUGACACCCAAUUGCUGAUGUGUAUGUUUGUGCUGGGGUGUCGAUAAAUAUUCAUUCAUGCAUUCAUUGGUGACUGUUAUUUUUAUAGUCAUCUUAAUGGCAUAUCCAUCGUUUUAAAAAUAUGAAGACGUUUUCUUGGUGACUGGGAUUUCCAAAGUCAUCACAAAAAUGUUUCUACAGGUUAACAUGGUGAUGUUUUCUUGGUGUUUGUAUAGUCAUCUUUAAAACAUAUCUAUAGUUUAACAUACGAGGAAGUCUCUUCUUGGGUAAUGGAAUGGCCAUACUUAUGUGAAAACCGUAUCGUUCAACAUCUAGACAGUGCCGUUAAAGAUCACCCAAGGCUGGACUGGGUAGUCGAGCAUGGUCAAGAUUUCGGGUCUAUGAAAGAUCCACUGCUAGCAGGUUAGUACAGCAUGGCAUUUGAGUGCGUCCAUUGCAUAUUGUCGAGAAUGACCCAUGGAUGAACUGAGCAGUUGGGCAUGGACAGUGAGCUUUGAUCAUUAAAGGACCCACAGUCAAGCUGAUGUAUGAAAAAUGUGUUAACACGUUCCAUUCACAGGACCCAAUUCGUCAGUUUACUGUGAAACCGACCAUGUAAUGAAAAGAAAACAUAUACGUGCUGUAUGCUAUUCUUCACACGUCCUCUGGAUUUAUGACAAAAAAAGAUGAGAUGAACAUACGAUUGUGUAAAAUAUUAUCCUGAUGUGGAAUUAAUAUAGUAUGUACUAUGAAGUGUUCAUUGUGCUUUCCUGAAUUAAAGUACAAAUGUAGUUGAUUUUCAGAAACCUUUUCAUGAUGACGAUACUAUUUUUACUGGUAUUGAGUGAUUUGAAAAUCAAACGUCUUUUAUAAAAGAAUAUCGAAAACACUACUUAUCUUUACAGCAGAAUGUAUUGUUAUCUGUAAUAAAUAUUGAAUCCAACCAUAUCACAUUCAUAAAUAAUAGAAACGAAAAACAUAUGACGCUAUGUUAGAAUUGAGAAUGUUGAAUGACAUAAUGAACGAAAUACGACGCAACGUCUGAAUUCUGUGCAUUAUUCAUGUGAAUGGAUAUUAAAACAUUGCACAAUGGUUGUGAAUAUAGUGAAACUGUACCAUUAUAUACAUAUAGAUAUUGUAUAGAAAUUAUUUAUUCGUAGGUAUGCGCAUGUGCCAACAUAGUAGUGUGUCGUACACGUUUUUGUUUUCCUAAGUUACCAGGUUUUGGCGAGAUCAUGUCGUUACCAUGGUGACAUUUCAAUUGACUUGACUAUCUUUGUAAAUGGCAUGUUAUAAAAGUAUGUAAAUACAUUAUGUGAAUAGUUUACAUGGUUUUUCACUAUCUGUUCAAUACUCUCCAAUCUUACGACAACAUAUUUUAAAAUUUACUAUGAAAUAUAUAUGUACAAUUAAAUAAUAUUAAUGAUAUAAAAAGUAUCUAAAAGUCUGCGAUUUGCACUUUUACUUUUAACGGCUGACAUGUAUACAAUAUACAUUAUACAGAUAUACAGUAUACAUUAUAUUAUACAGGUAUACAAUAUACAGGUAUACAAUAUACAGGUAUACAAUAUACAGGUAUACAAUAUACAUUAUAUUAUACAGGUAUUUAAUAUACAUUAUACACGCAUACCAUAAACUCAGGCCUAUGUAUUUCAUGGUUGAAUAAUAAACGCAGCAGACAAUAGAACGACGUCUGUGGACUUAUUGAUUGGACAUCUGAAAUGAAUGGAGGAAUUUUUAUUAUUUUACUGAUCGACAUGUCGAUAUUUCUGGAGUCUUUGUUUCUGACUUUUUUUCCCUCGUCUCUGUGGUAAUAUUUAUUUCGCAAAUUACAGUCGAACAUAUUAAACAUUAAAAUUUUCGGGAAAUAUAUAGGGCAAAGUUAAACUUAUAUAUUAUUUAUGUUGUCAGCCGUUUUGCUCAGUUCGUGUACAUUUAUUUUUCAGUAUGUAAUACUGAACACAAAUACGUUGAAAAAUGUGAAAAAGGAUUUAUGUGCAUUGUAGUCUUGGCAUGAUUAUUGUCACCACACACAUUGUAUAACAACCAUCUGGCUGUAACGGACACUCCAGACAGUUUUCCUUCACAUACAAAUGUAUGUAUUUUACCUCUCUAUUAUGGGAACCUUAAUAAAAAUAAAAAAUAAACAUUUUUAAAUAUACCUUGAUUACAGGUUCCCCAAAACAACACCCCGAGGGUAAUGUUAUGGCUAUAAUAUAGUUUAUGUUAUACAGUACAUGUAUAUAACAAAAGCAUUACUCCCAGAGUUGAUCUGAGAUACCUGCGACUCUGACAGCCCGUUAGACCCAGGUUGAACUGCACGUCCAACAAUAGCAAACCAGCGUGACAUAUUUGGCAUUUUUGGUAUUACUAAUCCAGUAACAGACAUCGGUGGGGAGUCGUCAUGGGGGUUCGUGUGUUGAGAACAUCUAAACGCCUGCCCACGACGGGCAUGCUUUAUAACGGGUUUAUCUGAGUAACAAAUAACUCACCUUGACCUUGACCUACGUAGACAUCGCGGUGGUUUUCAUCUAGUCAUUUGUUCGAUUAUGGUUAUAUUGUAUUUUGUGUUUUUGUCAUCAGUACUCACAAAUAUAUGACGUCUUCUCAAGGUCAUUUCUCUGACCUGUUGCUAUGCAUUCGAAUUUUAUUUGUGUAUUUAUAUGCUGCUUUUGUUUUCUCUUUACUACAUAACGACCAUUAUUCUUUCCGUCAGUUUUAAGGGGAAGGGAGAGUAAUUUCAAGUUGUCAAAAUUUGUCUUUAACAAAUUUAGUUAUACAAAUAUGUUUUUCUCUAUACAUAGUUUUGUCUUUUGUGGAGGAAACCUUCUGAACCAGUUUUCUGAUAAAUUAAAUCCAGAUUCUAAAAUAUACUGACCUUUUAGACAGACGGUUUAUGUGGCAUUGAAGUCUGUACUCUUAAGAUUAAUAUCUCUAAAUAGUCUUAAUCCAAGAUUUAAAAAUAAUAUUGUCUGGGAUUAUGGUCUCAAAGUACAUGCGUCAAACUUUAGAAUCUGACUCGUAUUCCCAGUGAAAUGUUGUAAGCAGACGGCCAUAAAGUAUAUUACUGAAACAUUUGAUGUGGCGUGUGGCUGUCAGACGGAUUCCAGUUGCCCGCAUUGAAAACGCUCAAUACAGGAAAUCCAUUAUGCGCCAAAUCCAUAUUUUCAUUUAACUUUUUGAAUACAGAAUCUUACAAUAGGUAGUAAUUGAACACUAAUGCUCCACCGUUUGUCAAUUCGUGUAGCUCUCUUUUCUUAUUCACUAAUUGUCAAAAAUAACCAAGAGGAUUUUUUUUUCAUACAUCUUUAUAAAGAAACCUCAUUAUGGAUAGUACUACUCACUAAAGCUGGUUUUACAUAGAUUUGAGAGAUGGUGACUUUGUAAGUUAAACAAUUCGACACAUAUCAACCAAAAUUCACUCGAUAUAACCAGACUCGAGUACAGCUGUCACCAAAAUGGUUACAAUUUAAUUGUAUUCCAUUUAAAACAAUGUUUUAUUUGUGUGUACGACAAAACGUUGUUAUUCUCAUGGUAGGAUGCAAAUCGAUCAUAUUUAUUAGUUUUAUUAUUUCAAAGAUUUUCUUCGUACAUUUUUGUUGUUUUUCUUUAAACAUGUUUUAUUAUUCUCAACUGUGCAAUAGAAGAGAUUCAGUUUAUUAUCAUUGUGAAUAAACAGUUACUUUUCCUAA